AUGGAACAAAAUAUCGACAUCCCACUAACUGAAAAAGGAGAAAGAACGCCACGAAGUGCCGGAGACCCCAGAACAUCGAAAAAAGUUAAGAUACAAGAUGACGAGGAAACAAACGCUAUCAUGGAUACUGAUAUUGAUUUGGACGCCACUCGGCCAGCAUCUCAACGGUGGGAGGGCAUCCAGAAGCAACUGUUCAAUGAGGAGAUACCCGAUAGCGCUGCAUCAAUACUCCCGGAUAACAUGGAUGAUGAUCAAGUGCAGAAAGAACCCGACUCCUAUCAGGAGACUCCCAAGCCAUCCUUCAAAGACAAACUGCUCAAUGAAGAGAACAACCGGGAAGACGACACGCAGAAGGAAGUAACCAUCGAGCCAGGGGAUGUCUCCAUCGCUCUAGAAGGACUUAUUCCUAAUAUCUCCUUCUCGCAGCGCAUCAAAGACCUUCUGACGCAAAACAUGAAAUAUGCAGUAGUCGUUAAACUCCUUGGUCGCUAUAUUAGGCAGGAGACACUAUUUGGGAAGAUCGUAAGUCUCUGGAGACCAGUAGGACACUUCAAGCUCACGGAACUCGACGGUGGAUGCUUCAUGGUCAAAUUCAGCAACCAACAAGACUACCUUUCGGCCAUGUUGGGAGGACCCUGGGUUGUACUUGGACACUACCUCACAGUACACCCAUGGGAGCCCUCUUUCUCCCCUCUCAACUUAGAAAUCAAGCAAGUGCUCGGAUGGGUCCGUCUUCCUGGUCUGCCUUACCAUUAUUACCAUAAAAGUGUCCUGCGGGCCAUCGGAGGUGUUAUUGGAGAAGUUCUGAAGAUUGACUACAACACCGAGGGAGUGGACAAGGCACGCUUCGCAAGGCUUGCAGUCAAGCUAGACCUCACUAAACCGCUAGUUGCUAAGAUCAAGCUCGACGGCACCACCCAGUUGGUAGAGUACGAAGGUUUGCCAACCAUAUGCUACCACUGCGGCCGCUACGGUCAUCUUGAAGCCGUCUGCCCCUCCAAAGUACAACAUAACCAGCCCCAGCAGAUGCACCAGAACCCAUCGGAGAACCCAGCUUCUAACUCUGAUAGAACCCAGACGAACAAUGGUGAUCCAGCGCGUACCCACUCGGCGCGUGAGGAAUCAGUCUUCGGGGCCUGGAUGAAGGCCCCCUCCCGAGGGUGGCGCCCGAGCAGAGCCCCCAAAAAGCGUUCUGACGUCACUCCAAACAUGGAAUAUGGUACCAACAGAUUUGAACUCCUAGCUAGACCAGACGAAACUACGAUACGCCAAGAAGGAAACCCCUCUGCUUCAAUGCCACAGGAAGAUGUAACCCCUGUUUAUCCUGACACCCCCAUUGAGAGACCCAAGGGAAACACAGCACACAAGUCAACGAUCCUCCGAAACAAAAAGCCACCCAGAAAUGUCAGCCCCAAGAAACCCCAGCCACCCAAGUCUGCCUCUGACACAAUUUUCGACUCCCCAGCCUACACCAUGUCUAACAUUCAGACCUCCCUUGACCCUACCAAACACUCAGCCGUUACCUUUUCGACCCCACGUCAAACCCAAAGCCCAAAUACAGAACAACCCAAAGCCCACAAAGAUCACGCACCACUCAAUCCUUCAAUCCCAGCCCAGCUAGGAAAAGAGAACAUCCUACCAAAACCGCCUGAUAGAAGCCCAUCCAAAGGGAAAUUCAAAAUCCAACCAACCUUUAAAGUCAAAAACCUGAAGCCCAGAACGAAGGAAGAGGUCGGGAACCCAUCUGAAGAACUCACUAGAGCUCUAGCAGAGGCUCUGGGUGCCCACCCCCCAUCAGAUGACGACACCACAUUCGUGGAAGCAGCAGAAACUGGAUUCGAAGAUGACUCAGCAUCUGAACGCGCUGAGAUGGAUCACUAA